AAUCGUGCCGAGUGCAUUUUUGUCACCGCGUGUGUUUGUGUUUGUGCCUCUGUGUGAUUUUAUUGAAGAUAUUAGUGGAUAAAGCAGUUAUAGUGUAGUGUGGCAGUUUUUUGCUGGACAUCGGCCAUGGAGGGCAGUUGGCUGGUACUGUGUAUCAGCUGCGCGUUGGCCGUAUUUAUGAUCCUGGACGGCGUUCUCGGGAACGAACCAGUUUCUCCAGAUCAUGUGCGAGAAUUCGAAUGCGGACUUAUGUACUACAGAACAUUCCACUUGGACAGCAAGAGGGAUGUACUCUAUGUCGGAGCAAUGGAUCGAGUAUACAGACUCAACCUCGGCAAUAUCAGCAACUCGUUUUGUGAGCGGGAUGCUUUGAAUCUGGAACCGAGCGAUGUAGCUAAAUGCGUAUCCAAAGGAAAAUCUGAGCAUUAUGAUUGUCGCAAUCAUGUUCGAGUUAUACAACCUAUUGGAGAUGGAACCCAGCUCUACAUUUGUGGAACUAACGCCCAUAAUCCAAAAGAUUGGGUUAUCUAUUCAAACCUGACACACUUAGGUAGAAAAGAGAGUCAUCCAUCAGUAACUGGUCUAGGAAUCGCAAAAUGUCCUUACGAUCCAAAUGAUAAUAGCACUGCAGUUUGGGUUGAACAUGGUAAUCCUGGCGAUCUUCCUGGUCUAUACAGUGGAACUAAUGCCGAAUUUACGAAGGCUGAUACAGUUAUAUUUCGUACUGAUCUUCACAAUCGAAUUACACGGAACAAGGACUUUCCAUUUAAAAGAACUCUGAAAUAUGACAGCAAGUGGCUCGACAAACCGAACUUCGUUGGAUCUUUUGACAUCGAUGAGUAUGUGUUUUUCUUCUUCCGAGAGACCGCUGUCGAGUACAUCAAUUGCGGCAAAUCCGUGUAUUCCCGAGUUGCCCGCGUCUGUAAGCGCGAUACCGGCGGCAAACAUAUCCUGAGUCAGAAUUGGGCCACCUACUUGAAGGCCAGGCUAAACUGCUCAAUACCUGGGGAAUUUCCAUUUUACUUCAAUGAAAUACAGAGCAUCUACAAAGUUCCUGGAGAUGAUACUAUGUUCUACGGUACAUUUACAACUUCAACAAACGGCUUGAUGGGUUCUGCCAUAUGUAGUUUCACAAUUCAGGAUAUUCAAGCUGCUUUUGCUGGUAAAUUCAAAGAGCAAGCAACGUCCAGCAGUGCUUGGCUGCCAGUUCUCAGCAAUAAAGUACCCGAGCCUCGGCCAGGAACUUGCGUGAACGAUACGGGAGCAUUACCAGAUACCGUUCUUAACUUCAUAAGGUCCCAUCCACUGAUGGAUGCAGCAGUAUCCCACGAAAAUGAAAAACCAGUAUAUUAUAAAAGAGAUUUAUUAUUCAUUAAACUCGUAGUAGAUAAAUUAAAAAUUGAUAUGCUCGGAGAAGUACUUGAAUAUACUGUGUAUUAUGCAGGCACAAAUGAUGGACGCAUUCACAAAAUAGUACAGUUUUAUAAGAAUGAUGAAUCAAUGUCUAUUCUUCUGGACGUAUUCGAUGUAACUCCUGGGGAACCUAUCCAAGCAAUGGAGAUAUCACGAAAGCACAAAGCGUUAUAUGUUGCUUCAGAUCAUAGAGUUAAACAAGUAGAUCUUGUCAUGUGCAACCGAAGAUACGAUAAUUGUCUCAGAUGUGUUCACGAUCCAUACUGUGGUUGGGAUAAGGACUCAAACUCCUGCAGACCAUAUGUACCAGGGCUUCUUCAAGACGUUUCAAACAGCACAUCAGAUGUCUGCGAUUCUAGUGUAGUUCGAAAGAAAAUGGUUGUUACAUGGGGGCAAUCAAUUCAUUUGGGAUGCUUUGUAAAAAUGCCAGAAGUUUUACAGAAACAAACUGUGACUUGGUUCCAUCACUCAAAAGAGAAAGGACGUUAUCAGAUAGUUUUCAGACCUGAUAAAUACAUUGAGACUUCGGAACACGGUCUGGUUAUUAUUGCUGUGAAUGAAGCUGAUGCCGGACGCUACGAUUGUUGGAUGGGAGGAUCUUUAUUAUGCUCUUUCAAUAUCACUGUGGAUGCUCACAGGUGUUCACCUCCUAAUAAAACUAAUGAUUAUCAAAAGAUUUAUUCUGACUGGUGUCAUGAAUUUGAAAAAUAUAAAUCAGCUAUGAAAACUUGGGAAAGAAAGCAAGCGCAAUGCACAUCUCGAUUAAAUGAAAGCAAUCAAAAUACUUAUCCAAAUGAAAUUAGGCAUCAUACACCAUUAGUCUGAUAGCUUUUGAGGCUCUCCUACUUGUUGUAUUUGUCUGUAACGCCUUUAGGAAACAUACCUGUGCCGUAUGCCCAUUGGAUUUUUACAAUUGCAUAUAAUUAACUAAUUGAUACAAUAAAUUAAUAAAACAUUAUGUCAUAAGAUAUAUUCUUAUUACAUAAUUGUGUGUAAAUAGUUUUUUUUACAUAAUUAAUAAGAGGCUUGAAUGUCUAAUCGAUUUUAUCUCA